UUUUGUACUUGUCUGUGUUAAGUUCUUGUGUUGUUUUGAUUAUUAUUUUUAGUUGUGUUUUGUUACUUUUUGAGUCUCGAUUCCGUUUGUCGUUGCUUUCACGCGACUUUUAGUGAAUUUUAUUUAUUUUUACUGUAAAAAAUUAGCUUAAUUAGUGCCGUUAAAGCAAAAAUUGUGUUAUUAAAUGCUUUAGAGGAGAAAAAAACAUUCGAACUCGUACAAAUAAAAUUCAAUGCCUUAUAUGAACGACUUGCGAAAAUCUUCAUUAACAGAACGAUGGACACGUAACAACAAGCCGCAGCGAUUUUUGAUAUCAAGUCAGGACAUUGUCAUUCAAGGAAAAUGUUUGUGCGGGCAUUACAUUCGUUCAAAACUCCGUCGAGCAGGAGUCUUGAACAGAAAAGUGACCCAAAGACUGCGUAACAUCAUCGAUACACCUUCCAGUGCGGUCGUUCGAGAAAUUUUCCCAAUUAUCAAUGUACUCGGCGACGAACUUGAGAAGCUGCAUGUGAGGACUUACACAAAUAUCUCGCGACAAUUGACUCGUUCAAACUUUCACGAGCUACCGGAGUUACUUUUGUCCUACAGUGAAGUUGCCAAGGAACUGUUCAAACAGGAAAUCACAUGGGGAAAGAUAAUUUCGUUAUUUGCAAUUUCGGGCGGUUUGGCAGUCGAUGCAUGCAAACAAGGUCAGUACGAUCACCUGCAGCCAAUUAUCGAAGGCACUGCGGAAAUAAUCGAGGAAGAGUUGGCAGCAUGGUUGAUCUCGAAUGGUGGCUGGCUGGGGCUGCAGGAGUACAUUAGGCCAGAUAUCAGUGAAAUAACGCUCUUGGGAUGGAUGGCAGUUUCAACUUCAAUUCUCUUCGCAUUCUCGCUCAUUUAUUACUUUCUUAAGUUCGUCGGCAUGCAACUUUACUCAAUGUGGGGAUAACAAAAAAAAAUGUUCCAGCUUAGUCAUUUAAUGUACACUAAUUAACAACGAUCUACUGUGAGAUCAUUACCUGAUAAUUCCUUUGCAUAAGACUUACUCACUUAUUUACGAAACGCGAAUAAAAUGUCACAAGUACUUCCAAUUUAUCACAAAUUUUAAUAAAUAAAUAAUUAUUUUUUAUUAUGUUUUAAGGCAGAUGGUAGAUUUUAGAGAUGCUUAUGUUAUUAUUUUAUUGUGUUUGUUAAAUUUUUAGAGAAAUAAAU